AUGGCCACUAGCUUCCUUUCCGUGGCUAUGGGGAUGGGGCCUUGCUGUGCCCUGUGGGUGGUGCUCGCCCUGCUGAAAGGCCUGAAGGGCCAGGCCGCAAGCACCCAGCCAGGCGUUUCCUCCGUGUUACAGAGCUUCCGAGAAGACCAGUGUCCAACAGAAAAGGACUCUGGGCCCACUGUUCCCUCCUGUAACCCCUGCCAGUCCCUGUGCAGUGGGAACAUCUCUGUCAAGGGAGGCUUGCAAAGGCCAGCCACUGGGCAAGGUCACCCCGGCAGCCCCCUGCUCCUGCCAGCAGUGUCAUCCGUGCAGGCUAGGACUGGGAGCCCCUGCCUGGCGAGCGCCCUUGGGGCUGUCCCAGGCUCUGCCUACCGCCGGUUCCCACAGUUCCAGGGGGAAUGGUUUGUUGUCGGCCUAGCGGGCAGCACCCACAGCAAGACGGACAGAUUUCUGUUGAACCCCUUCAUUGCAACGUUCGAGCAAAAUGGAAACAGCCGCUUUGAAGUGUCGUAUGCCAUGACCCGGGGCCACCGCUGCAUCACCUGGUCUUACGUGCUGAUUCCGGCGGCGCGGCCUGGCGCGUUCUCGGUGGACAGCAGUGAGGAGCCCGAGGAGAUCCUGGUGUACGACACUGACUACAGCAUGUUUGCUCUGAUGCUGUUCAGGAGACAGUCAGGUGGCCAGAGCGUCCUCAGGGUCAACCUGCUAUGCAGGAUGUGGAUGAUUCCGACCCAGGCGCUGGACAAGUUUGUCUGCCUGGUCAGAGCUCUGGGCCUGUCGGAUGACAACAUCGUCUUCCCAGACCUGUCAGGUAACGGCCUUCGGGCAGCGGCGGGGUCUGCACCCAGCACGGGACCCGCCCCUGGGCCUCGAAAGCCCUGUGGCAGCCCGGUAGGGGAGCGUGGCCUGUGUGCAGGGUUUAUCUGGAGGGUCCCGGCAACCCCAGAGAGUUCAGCCUGAGCACAAAGGGGGGGUUCUCAUAACUCCUUGGUCUCUGCCCCCACCUGGGCCCCCCCCCGUCCCAGGCCACCUUCCUGCCCCCCCACCGCCCCCCCACCCGG